AUGCAGACUUUACGGAAAGAGGAGGGUUAUAACUGUCAGCACCGGACCCCUACCACCAGCAUGACUUCUAUAUUCUGUCCAGAAUCUUCCACAUCUCUGUCCCUCAUCCUUAGCUCCAUAGAUGUGAGCCCUUUUCUGGUGCCCUUCACUCUCAACCUCACCAUCACCAGCCUAUGCUACACAGAGGACAUGGGACCCCUGGGAUCUGAGCUAUUCAACACCAUAGAGAAGAUCUUGAAUCACCUGCUCAUGCCGUUGUUCUAGAGCAGCAGUAUUGGGCCCCUCUAUUCCGGCUGCAGAUUGACCUUGCUCAGGCCUGAGAAAGGUGGAACAGCCACUGGAGUUGAUGCUGUCUGCCUUCACCUUCCUGACCCCAUGGGCCCUAAGCUGGAUAGCGAGAGAGAGAGGCUGUUCUGGGAGCUGAGCCAUGAAACCCUUGGUGUCACCCAGAUGGACUCCUUCAUCCUGGACAGGGACAGCCUCUGCAUCAAUGGUGAGCAUCCUUUUAGUAAACACAAGUUGAAGCUGAGAAUCUGCCCGCAGAAGGGAUGUGGACUCUCCAGUUUGCCAUGGGACCCUUCCUAUGUUACACCCAUUGGACUUCAGCCUCCAGUCCCAGUGUAUCAAGAUGAGUCAACCUUGAACCUAAAUGAGGCCUGCAGGAUGCUGGCCCUCCAGGCAGGCAUGAUGGAGAAUCUGUCAGAGUCCAUGGUACCAGCUUUCCCAGGUAGCAACAUCUCCAACAUCACCACCUUCUUGUUCAGCUACUUGGCCUUCAACACUGCCCAUCAGGUCCUGGACCAGCUGUUCACUACAUGA